UGCGCGAUGCUUCCCAAUCAGGAGGCUGCGCCGAGCCGCGCUGUUUACCCUAAAAAAAUGGAAGCGCUCUCACGUCAAGAGAAAGGCGUCAAUCGGGAGAUACACUUCUAAAUCGCCGAUUUUUAAACCCAGACUCGGUUGACACAUCUGGGGAGGGAUUUUUUUUUCUCUCUUCCCCCGACCAAAUUCACGCCCUCUCUCAGCGGUGCCUUAGCAGGACAGCUGUGUCAUCAACAACCGGCGUGGUUUUGUUGUUGUCUCAUCCAACAGCCGCUUGGCUUCGGGCCAGUCUGCUUCUGCGCUCGGAUUCGGCUUUAACGUCAAGCUCCGAAGAGCCAGGGGCAUUGAAAACCUUCAAGUUUCCAUUUGUGAGGACAAAACAAACAUGCAUCAGCUGACAGCUGUGCUUUUCUUAGCCGCUUGCAUGAUGCAUUCCCUUACAGCAGCGUGGAAACACUACCGGGCCUUCCUGUUAUCUGCCCCACAACAAGGCUGACUACCCAUAGGGUGCGCCUUGUGACGACACGUCUCAUCAUCCCGGGCCUCCUUGUGUACCAUGAGCUCUGGUUCUGCCCAGGAUGUGGCAGUCGAGCAUUUUCUGCGUGACAUCGAGAGGCGGAGUAAGCGGCUACACUGCGCUGUGAUUGGCUGCGAGGUGGAACGACCCCGCAGCGACAUGAACCUGCUGUAUCGAAAGAGCCGUUUGGAUUGGAGGCAGAGGGACCAUGAUGGAAGCAAGAAAAGCUCGUCUCAAAAUGACUCCUCGGCGACCGUCGGCAAAGUCCGAGACUUGGCCUCGUUCCGUCGCCACUUCCGAAUGGGCUUCAUGACCAUGCCGGCAUCCCAGGACCUUUCCCCUCACUCGUGUGCCUCAGCCAUGGCGCCGCGCUCGCAGUCCUGCCAUGCGGUCGGCGCCGGGGAUGCAAGUCUGGAGAACGGGGACUACUCCGACACCCAAUCCCAGCACGGUGGCCGCUGCCCGCCGGUCAAACCCAAGCGCCACCCUAGCACUCGCCUCAGCUCCUCGUCGGCUGACACCAGAGGACCUCCCGAGACGCCGCCGCCCCCACCGCCUUCCUCCCACUCGCAGGCCAAGCACUCCGAGAAAAAAAAUGCCAUGAAGAAGUCCGACUCUGGGGACAUUGGCUCAAAAAAGGUGCCUCCUUUAAAACCCAAGAGAAGUCCCAGCACCCAGCUCUCCUUCGAUCCACUCCCUCCACGUGUGCCUCAUUCUGCCGCAUCGCUCCCUUUCCAGGGAGCCGACUCUCAGAUCCAAACCGGAGAGGGGGACGAUGAGCCGGUCUAUAUCGAGAUGGUGGGGCAAGUGUUCACCAGAGAGAGCCAGACCGCCACCCCCCACCCCGUCACCCCGGUAGCCACCACGCCCGAUUCAGACUCGGACCAGAGUGAGGCCAUCUAUGAAGAGAUGAAAUACCCACACCAAGAGAACCGAGAAUCUCAGAGGCACCCGCCGAGCAAACACGAGAAAAUGAAAAGCUCAAAGCAUUACCACGUCGCCCCAUCGCCCUCCAGCAGCUCCUCCUCGUCACUGCCACGCCCUUCCUCUUCCUCUCCUUCCUAUUCUAAACCCAAAGCUACGGUCUCCAUCUCUCAUUCGUCCCCGCUACCUUCCUCCGCAUCCUCCACCCCUGUGCCCCAGGUGCUUUCCACCAGCCCCCACACGCCACGAGCGCCGACUCCCUACCUGCUGCAAGGAAGCAAAUGCGAGCCAGAAUCGAACACCAAGAUCCCCGCCCCCUUCCCAAAUCUCCUACAGCACCGACCUCCGCUGCUCGCUUUCCCUCAACCGGCGGCCGCGUCCAGCGGGGUGGCAGUGCAAAGCAAGGGUUCCUCCACUUCCUCUAAAGUCGGCUCUCAAACAUCCAGCGUGACCACUCAAGCCGGCACCUCCUCCUCUUCGACGUCCUCGAACGUUCCGACCUCAUGCUCCAAAGAGCCGUCGGGAGGGAGCGUCACGCCGCAAGAGAAACACAGCAGAGAUUCUCAGUUGGGACCCGCUCCCGGACUUCGAGCGAGGAGUCACUCAACGCCGCUGCCCCCGUCCUCCAAAUCGACGUCACCUUUCUCCCAUCACCACCACCACCCGCACCACCGGCCCUCCCACUAUCAUCACUAUCGCAAGCCAGAGAGGGGAGACUCUCCGGCUCCACUCAAGAGCAGCUCUCAGACGUCCACCCAGUCCACCGUGCAGACCCAAACUUCAAGUACGGGCAAGGAAGGGAAAUCCGUUAGCUUCCUUUUGAAGACGGACAAAGGAGAGAAGGAUAAGGAUCGAGACAAGGAGAGGGACAGGGAGCGAGACCGAGAUAGGGACAGAGGUCGAGACAAGGACAGAGAGAGAGAUAAGGACAGAGACCGCGACCGGGAUAGCGGUCCUCACUCUUUGCAACUGGAUCUCCUUCCCGCUACGAGCAGUCAAACGGCUCAAAGCAGCACCAGCUCAACUCCGACAUCCCUGUCCUCAUCCCAUCGCCCUCACUCUCGCCCUCAUCUGCGCUCUCAUACCCCUCAUGGCCUGCCGGCAUACAAGCCGCCGUCCUCUGACAGCCCCCUGCUGUGGACAUACCCUUCCGGGGGCUUCCGCAGACCGCCGGCUUACGAGAGCUUGAGAGGAAACUCCCAGACGCCGUCCUUGCAGCAGCCCUCGAGCCUCACGGGCGUUGGUGAGGGCGGGUGCAAGGGUGGCGAAAGCUCUUCAUCGCUGCUGUCCAAAGUUGGCUUCAUGCCCUGGGACAGUUGUGUGAGCUUUGCAGGCGACGAAGGGUCUUCCUGGCCCAUGCAGAGGAAAUUGUCCUUCAGCCAAGGGAGCCGAGAGACCGAAAAAGAAGAAGGACGGACAUGGAACGGCAGCGCCGAUGCCUUAUUAAGGAUGGAUAAGGAAGAGUUGGGAAUGGGGUUCCGAGGAGGCCCCUCGAACAUCCCGGUGCACUACAGUGGCGCCGCGAGUAGGACCCUUGGUCACUGUGAGUCGCUGCUGGCUUCAGACAGCAACACGGGAUUCAGAGCCCUGCCCAGAGUCGGGAUGCCUCUUCCCUGUCAGACGUUCCCCGCCUGUCGCAACGGAGAAGUGGGGCGGCUGGGCCGUUCCUCCUCUGCUGCUGGAGUGAGACAGGUGGGCGGAGGAGACGUCCAGAGGCAGAGCAGCCUACCAGCACGAGAAGCCCUCAAUCAGCUGCAUGGCCUGGCGCAACAGCAAGCCUCCUGCAGUCCCAACAGUCCCGGCGUGUCCCGUCAGCAGCAGCAGCUGCAGCUCCACCAGCAGCAGUUGCAGUUAAAGCAGCAGCUCCAGCAACAGCACCACCUGCAGCUGCAGUUCCAGCAGCUCGCCCAGUUGGCGCAGGGUCAACCCGCCGCCGGAGCCGCCUCGUCCGCCGCGCAGACCCAGAGAGACGGCAAGUUGCUGGAAGUCAUCGAGCGCAAACGCUGCCUCUGCAAGGAGAUCAAGGCCCACAGGCGCCCGGAUAAAAGCCUGUGCAAGCAGGACAGCAUGCCCAUCCUCCCUAGCUGGAGACGGACACCUGAGCCCCGUAAGACUGGCACGCCGCCUUGCCAAAGGCCGCAGGCCGUGGUGUGGGACACGGCUAUCUGACAGGAGGACGGUGAGGGCAGCGCUGGGGAGAGACACGGUUGAGCUGAAAGGGGGCGGGGUUACAUCAUUCGAAGAGAGUAGAUGCGGGGGUCAGCCUUUUGUGUAACUCUAGUUGCAGUUGCACCACCUUAGUGACAGAUAGGGGGCAAAGGUGAGCGCAGCUGCGGUGUAAAAGACAAACAGGGAUUCCAAUCUUCGUCUUUCCCUUUUGGCAAAUCUUCAUCUUCUUUCUCUCCCCUGCAUCGUCUACGAUCACUCCCAACUAUCUGCAAGUCUUCCCUCAUCACAUCUAUACAUCUCCUCUUCGGUCUUCCUCUUUGCCGCCAACCAUUUCAGCAUGUCUUCUGACACUUUGCUCAGUUCUUCAGCUCUUGUUCCCCCCUCACCCCCCUCCCAUUGCUCCGUACAACUGAUUCUCAAGACCCAUGAAGUCCUCCACUGCUACUCCUUGUCACCUCGCCAUCCCAUCGGCCUCCCGUUCACUCACACACACAUGCACCCUCUUGCUGUGACGGAUCUUCUUUCCUCAUCCAUCCGCCUCUCGAGGUUCUCACGCACCUGCCCCUUACACACCGCACAUCCUGUCCGACCUCAUCCGUCAAUCUUCCCAUCACCAGAUCAAACAGGGACUCCAAUCAAACAAGUGAAGUGUCCCUCACUCUUCAAAAAAAAAAAAAUCCCUCUGGUUCCAAUUGCCAACAAUUUUGCCAUUGUUCUCCCUCCCGAGUAUGACAGCUUGAUAGGGUGAUAUCCGAAUUGCCAAAUUUUCUCCUGACUACUUGACGCAUAGAUUUCUUAUUUUUUUUCUCUCUCUAAUGCACAGAGAGGAAUUAAACGAAGGCACCAGUCAGAGAAGAGCGACAUGAGCCCGACAUGUCAUGUUCUGUGGAUGAGCACACGUAAGACUCGUCGUGAAGUCAUUGAAGUGUUUCUUGAAAUUUGUCCAAUGCAUACGAGAUGUCUUGGUAUCAGUAGAUUGUUGUCGUGGAUGCAAAUAAUAUCGCCGAGGUGUAAAAGCUACCUACUAUAUCUGUUCGCAUAAUAUUUGUAAAUCAAGUAACUUUCUCUACAUUUUUUGGGGGCGAGGGGCAAUUUUAUAGCAAUAUGCUCCCAGUGUGGGGGAGCGACAUAACUCGCGUCGACUUCUAGCCUAUAAACGUUACAUAUCUUAAGACUUGAAUGAGUCAUAUUUACUGUGUCAUCCUCUGCAUGUCACAAUAGACAUACAGUCCUGUACAAAUAUGGUGUAGAGAUGAUCAUGUUUGAAUUUUACAUAGAGCAGAACUUCACUAUGGUAACACACGGUUGUAUAAAGUUGCUUUGUUUUAGGUUUUCCCCGGCACGACGCGUGGCGUGUCGAGCCACUUUUCGCUACAAAUGAAAGGGUACACACAAAAAAAAAUAUUGUCCGUGCCACUCAUUGAGUUGUGUCCAAUGAGGUACAACUAAAAGGACGGGCGAGUGUUGAUCUAGUCGAAACAGAAUGCUGGAACAAUCUGCGCAACACUUUGAGAGAAAUCAAACCCUAAUGUACUGUAAAUAGAUAUGUACAAGUGUAUUGAAAAUGUAGCAAUUCUUUCCAUUUUCAUACUUGUAAUCAAUACAUCUGAUGUAGCAUAGACUGUAUAAACUUUGUUCACUUGUUUUUCUAGGAGUAUUUUAUCUGCUGCAGCCAGUCCUCGCAUUACUUAGAGUUCUAAUAAUCAGUAAAAGCCCUUGAAUUUAAGGUGCGGUCGAACAGUUUAUUUAUGCAAGAUUCCCUUUAAGAUCAGUUGCAUUUAUGGAUUUUUUUUUUUUUUUUUUACAAUAAUCUUCAUUUAUGGUCAGAGUUCAACAACUUUGUCGUCUCGUUGCUGCUAUCUCAAACUACUGAUGUUGUUUAUUCACGUGUCGCCGUGAGGCAACGUGGUUAAUAUUCUUGUGCUUAUUGUCAAAUUCAUUUUUUUUUUUCUCGGAAAGCCACGUGAACUGGACUUUUAAAAAAAGUGAGCCCUUCUGUAAAAGUAUAAGGCGUUUGAAUGUCUCUUGGUGGUGGUUGUUUUUCAUAGUUAGCACCAAAAUGUAUCCCGCUGUGAGAAGAAGACCUACCUGAGUGUUGGAGAGUCACUGCUUGGCCUUUGUGUUAGUUUCGCCUGCGCAUCUUCUUUAUUUAUUUACUUUUUUUGUUUUAAGAUAUCCUUUAUUUGUCCCGCAAUGGGGACAUUUACAGUCAAGAGUUCAGAAAGGAAAACACUGGGUAGGGAGAUUUGACCAUUGGCAUCAAAUUUUAUACAAUUACAAGCCAGGUUGAAGGAAAAUGGGCAAGUGCAAUGCAUGUAGAGAUUCUUAUAAACCCCUCAAGAAAAA